AUGGAUCAGUACCAGAGUGUUGUAAGUUCUGUAUGCCGUGAGCUCGUUGAAGUCGUCUCCGCCAAAAUUCACAUCGUACAGGUUGUCCAUGAGUCCGAAGUUGUUCAAUUGCAUGAACAGAUCGAUCCCCAGGUGAGAAAGAUACCAUCCGUCCAGUCUCAGUCCGGCAGACUCUUGACUCAAACUAACACUGUAGAUAGACAAAAUGGUCAGACACUGGAUGAACUCCAAGUUACGCGGCAUGUUGAUAAGGUUGGCCUCGAGGUCUGUCUUGAUCACAAUCAGCAUCUGGUCGUAAACAAGUUCUUUAAGCUUUGGAUCUCCGUAUCUCAACGACAGAGCACAGACAACAGUCAGUAG